AUGAUCUAUAUAUGCUUAGAAUAUAUCGAUAGCAGGUUGGAUGAGUUCAUGGCAGGCUUCAAUGCAAUAUCUUUGAAGCUAAAGGAGAUGUAUCAGAUGAUCACUUUUGGGGGUGACGCCGAACUUGAGCUUGUGGACUCUUUGGAUCCUUUCUCUGAAGGUGUUGUUUUCGGUGUAAGGCCACCGAAGAAGAGCUGGAAGAAUAUUGCCAAUUUAUCGGGUGGCGAAAAGACUCUGAGUUCAUUAGCUCUUGUUUUCGCACUUCAUCACUACAAGCCAACUCCGCUGUAUGUAAUGGAUGAAAUUGAUGCUACGCUGGACUUCAAAAAUGUUUCUAUUGUGGGGCAUUAUGUAAAGGACCGGACAAAAGACACACAAUUUAUAAUUAUAAGGUAG